CGGCAAUGGGCAUGCCUUCUUCCGUCCAACAAGACUCGAAUAUCGUUUGUAAAAUAUGUCGCCGUCAGAUUUCUCGAUACACUUGCCCUGAAUGCAAUCUAGCGUAUUGCUCUUCAACGUGCUUCAAGUCUCCGGCACACACGAACUGCUCUCAAGCCUUUUACAAGAAACAAAUUGAGGCCGAUGUUCGCUCAGAAUCGUCUUCAAAGUCUGCCGAGGAACGGCUGAAGAUGAUGGAGAUCCUCAAACGGUUCGAGGAGAAUAAUAUGGAGCAGGAUGAGUUGGUGGGCGAAGAUGAAGAUAACUCAGAGGGUGAGGAUAAUUUUGAAAGGCGCUUUUCAGCUAUUGAUAUCGCCUCAGCCUCGCCAGAUGCUCUUUGGUCCUUACUUUCUCAAGUAGAACGUGACAAGUUCAUUGAAGCUAUUCAAGAUCCCUCUAGUAAUCUUGCACAGGAACUUCUCCUCAGCCAGGAACUACAGAACGAACUUGCACAAGAACCGUGGUGGGAAAUGUCUUCCAUCACGCACGACGCUGACGAUAAUCCUGAUGAUACUCGCUAUGGGCGUACUCCAGAGCUGAUUGACAUUCCCACAACUAUGGUCAAGCCUUUGCCCAUUGGGCCACCAUUGAUAUACAACUUGUGUGCUGUUUGUAUCGCAUAUGCUUUCGUAACUCGUCGUCUAGCCACGUCUCCGCUUUCGACUUUAUCCUAUACCAUUCACUCUCAAGAUUCCGAAGAAGUCAAACAUCUUCUAGCACAGCUCGUGCCUUUCGUUAUGGACCGCAAGAGCAAAGUGUUGCAUACCAGUUUGUCUACUGCGAUUGAUGACGUCUGGUCGAGGUUCGACAAGUCAGCCAUUUCAAGUUCUACGUUCACGGUCCUCAUGCGUGACACCGCUACCCUUGUUCGACCUCUACCAAUCGGCAUCAUCUCGUCACCGGAUCCAUCCUCCUACUCAACCUCAGCGUCGUCUAACUCGAGGACAACGGUUGUCGACCUCACCUCACACCCCAAUCGCCCCCUUGUUUACGUCCUUUCCGAUUUACACCGGCUUUUCGCAAACCAGAACCCAAACCAAAAGUCGAAUUACACCCACGUUGCACACAAACUUCUCUUUUAUGCCGCCCAUGCCCUUUCCACGCCUCCACUCGUAUUGCGUUCGCUGGCGGAUGAUCUUGCGUUUCGAGCAAAGGAGGCAGAAAAAGCUCCAGUGAUUAUUCCGGGGCAAGUCAAUGCUGGAUUAUCGCACGCAGAUCCCAAGGUUCCUACCUCUCAACCUACGAUGAAAGGGCUGAUCGAAGAGAUUUGAUGAAGCAAUGGUCACCAACUUGAAAUCGGAGGUAUACUAGCAAAGCUAGGAGCAGUUACUCACCGUUCUUUCGAGAAGAAAGGAGAUGUUGGUCUCUAUACCUUUCUGCAUCUUAUGUUCUAAUCUUUGUCGUAUUGAAGGGUUCCUGGCCGCUUCGCAACAGUGAUACGUCUUUGGAGGUGUACCAGAGGUGUACAGAUGAAGCCGUCUAUCGGCUCUCACUACUCGUGUACGACCUCAGGCUCUUCCCUGUACUGGACAAAAGGAAAAGAUGGCGGAUGCAAGACAUAAUAGGCAUUGAAGGCAACAAAGAGAUAUUUUCUGUAGUCUGUGGUGUAGAUAGAUAGAUAGAUAGAUACACGGCGCCACCCUAAGGUGUAGU